ACCCCUAAAAUACCCACACGACCGCGAGAUAUAAAAUACUAGUCCUUAAGAAAAUGAUUGGAAGUUGAAACGGAUACUUUUGUCAAUAGAAAAUCUUCCCCGAGAAUCGGCGAAGUUCUUCUUCUAUUUGGAAAAUUUGCAGAAGAGACCUAAGUUUUGUGAUCCUUCUCUUUUUUUAAGGAUCGGCGAGAUCUAAAGUCUAAAGUUCGUUCUUCAAAGUUUUAAUUACGGUUUAUUUUCCUUCGUCUCUAGUUAUUUUCUUGAUUUUUUUGGAGUUAAUUAUCUAUGAAUUGUUGAAUGUUUGGUAGAUUAAGCUAGAGCAGUACUGUGUUAAUUUUGCGACCAUUUAGAGGAAAUAAUGAAAUUAGGAUGGUAUGAUGAUGAUGCUUGAUGAAUGUUUUUUUUUUUUUUUGGUGAAUUUUGAAUCAGUUGUUCAUAGCUAGGGUUUUCUGUGUUGAUUUGGUAGUUGUUUGGUGAUUGUGUGUUAUUCUGUAAAGAGGAAGUUCCUCCUGUGUAGCAAUAUUUUGCUUCUGUGUGUGUUUGAAAUAAUUGUGAAAGUAGUCUCUCAUGAUUUAUUCUACAACGCGGGGUUGAAUUUCCAAUGAUUAAUGAUCUUGAAAUAGCAAUUAGUGAUUGAACAAAUUGUUCAAUAGAUGAUGAGGAAUGAGGCAACUUCAAAUUUAUAAUUCAGAGCGAAAAUUUCUCAGUGUAGUUAGACUAGUAAAAUUUGGCACAUACAAUUUGGUUGGAUCAAGUGGUUUUUCGCUGGUUAUUUUACCGCUCAAGAAUCAGUGGUUCUACAUAGUAAUCAUUAUAGGAGAGUACUUAUUUCCAUAUGAAAAGUGACAUAACGCCUCAGCUUGUUUGCUUGUGGUUGAAUUUCCGAUGACUGAUGAUCUUGAAAAUGCAGUUUGGGAUACAAGUUGUUAAAUGGAUAAUGAGGAAAGAAGCAACUUCAAAAUUUGUAUUCAGAAAUUAAGCAAUUUAACUCUUAGUUCGAGUUGUCUUGCCUCGUAUUGUUUUGUCAUUUGAUCAGGUCGGUAGGAAGUAGGUGUUGACGAGUUUCAAACUCAAGUCGUUGGUAUCAUCAGCCAACGACUUUACCUCUCUAUUAGAGAGAUAUCUGCGAUGUCUUGUAUUGCUAUUCAGUAUUGUCUCUAAUAAUCACUUGCUGAAACUAAUUCUUAUGUAUGAGAACUCAUCUAGCUCUUUUACUACUUCUGGUUAGCUUGUUAUUUCUAUCAUUCAAUGUUAAUCAUCUGAAUGAUCCUUGUUAUAAAGAUAUUCCUUUCUUCCAUAUUGAUACAUCCAAACCUGCUGCAUCUGGAAUCACUUCUUUAACAUUAAACUAUAGGCAUGAGAGUAACAUGGUUCUAGGAUAUAAACUAUCCGCAAUUGACUCAGUCUUCUGUCAGUCUCGUAAGUUCUGCAUUUGAAGGUAGAUGAUUGUUUGCUGUACAGACACUUAUCUUGCAGGGUUUCCAGUGACCAGCAAGUUACCUUUAUCGGUUAUUCAAUUGGUUUGGUGCUAGCUAGAAAGAACAGUUAAAGUCAUUUAGGCGCUAAAGUAGACCUUCUAAGUUAAAGAUAUGUCUAAUUUGGAGGCGAAAUCAGAACAGAGUUUAUAAGGUUUGUUAAUCUGAGAUGAUUUUGUUGGAGAUGAAGAGGCCAAAGCGUGAACUGGAAAAAGCUUGUCUAAUAUCCCAACUUUAUCCGAUGAAUGGAAUAAGAUGGCGAUAUUGUUGCUGAUUCACAUUUUAGUUCGAUUUGAUUGGAUCAAGUGUGGUUAUCACUGGUUACUUUUACGCUCAAGAAUCAGGGUUCUCCAUAGUAAUGGGGGAGUACUUAUUUCUCUGAUUGUUCUGAUGACUCCUCCUCAAGUUAAGCUGAAUGGAGCUAUUCAACAUUAGUUGGAUUGUAUUGUUGCUGAUAUUAAUUCCUCUGCAGCAGUAUUACCAAAAAGCAACAUUAUGAUAUAGUGAUUGCUUGGUUUGAUCAGGUGACGAAAUGUGCCUUUGGAGAUAGAAUACUGUGCUAAAUAUAUGUGUUUCAGCAGGUGUUGAAUCUCGUUCGAGUGUUUGGCCUGUUAUCACCGUCACUCACAAUGUAUCUUGAGGGGGGAUGUUUGAUCGAUGUUUUAAAAUCUCAUGGAUCUGACUAUCCAGAGGAUCCUGAUAUAAUCAGCAAAAGGACUACAGAUUCGUGCUCGCAGAGUUCCAGUGGAAGCUGGAUGCUCAUAGAAGAAGCAAGAGAUAGUGCAGUCACUGGUGCAAAACAAGUACUGGAAAGAGGACUUAUGCAAUAUGGCUGUGCACAUUAUCGCCGAAGGUGCCGCAUUAGAGCUCCAUGCUGCAAUGAAAUAUUCGAUUGCCGGCAUUGUCAUAAUGACGCGAAGAACAGUAUUAACGUUAAAGGGAACCACAGACAUGAUCUUCCUCGCCAGCAAGUACAACAGGUUAUAUGUUCACUCUGUGGCACAGAGCAAGAGGUCCAACAAAUCUGUGUUAGCUGUGGUGUAUGCAUGGGGAAAUUCUUCUGUGAUACGUGCAAGUUGUUUGAUGAUGAUACGUCAAAGGAACAGUAUCAUUGCAAUGGCUGUGGUAUUUGCAGAAUAGGGGGUCAGGAAAAUUUCUUUCACUGCUGCAAAUGUGGUUGUUGCUAUUCCAUUCUGCUAAAGAAUUGUCACCCUUGUGUGGAAGGCGCAAUGCAUCAUGACUGCCCUGUUUGCUUUGAGUUUCUUUUUGAAUCAACUGAUGAUAUAAGCGUCUUACCCUGUGGACACACAAUUCAUAUGAAUUGCUUGAAGGAGAUGCAGCAACACUUGCAAUAUGCCUGCCCUCUUUGCUCCAAGUCCGUAUGUGAUAUGUCUAAAGUAUGGGAAAAACUUGACGUGGAGAUUGCAGCCACACCUAUGCCAGAAUCCUAUCACAAUAAAAUGGUCUGGGUACUUUGCAAUGACUGUGGAGCAAACUCAGAGGUCCAGUAUCAUGCUGUGGCUCAAAAAUGUUUGAAUUGCAAGUCUUACAAUACUCGCCAAACAAGAGGAGGAACAACACCACCAGCAACAUCGACGGCAUCAGCAACAGAAUCACAAUGAAGUGUUCAUACUUGUGUUCUUGUCACGAUUAUCUGGAUUUCUAGAGAGAAACUUUUCUGUCCGUUUCUUUAGAAAUCUCGAUUCUCAUAUCUGGUUUUCUGGAGCGAAACUUCUCUGUCUUUUUCUUUAAAAUCUCGGUUCUCAUGUUUCGACAAUGUAUUUUCAGAUCAUGAUAGUUAUGCAUGAAGAUUAGAGGGGAAUUGCAGAUGACCAUAAAAUUCUUUGACGAUGCUAUAAUGUUUGGUUAUAUAAUCGUUAAAGUUUUUGAUGUAAAUGGUAGGAAUUUCUCAAUAAAUGGGGUUUACGUAUUAAGUAUGAACAUAACUUGCGA